AAGUGAUUGCACGAGUGUCCAAUAUACAAUGGCGUUUGUUGUAGGCGAUUUGUGCGAGUGUUAAAUUUUCAUUUAAGUUGAUUUUAUUUAAAUCUUUUGCUCGAAGAAAGCAACCAGAUAUCAAAGUCGCUCGCGCUUUCAAAGUUGUGGGUUAAGAAGUUGAAAUGACUGGCGAUGCUCCUAACAAAUCCGUGUGUAAAACGCCCUUAUCGAUUUUCUUGCAAAGUGCAUUGUGAUUUUCUAUAAGAUUUCCAAGUUUUUAAGUCAAAUGAUCCGUGAUUCCGGGGUAAUUUUUAUUGUAACUAAGUGCAAUUGUGUGUUGCCGAUGGAUGAUUCAAAACAUAAUUUUUAAAUUAACUCCGAAAAUCUUACUUUCUUCCAUUGGUAGUCAGUAGUGUUAAGUCAUGCCUUUAUUAAUGACUUUGUUCAAUUACGAUUUUUAUUUGUUUCGCUUGAAUGUGGUUUUGGUUCGGAAGACUUUAGCCAUGAGUUUUUGAGAUUUCGGAUCGCGGUGAGCAAAAGUUGAAUAUGGUGUCAAGAUUUGUGACUAGUGCUCCAGUUAAGCAAGAUGGUUUAUGUUUAUUGCCACCCCCUCCACACUAUAGGAUGAUGGCACCGCAACGUUCUGAUGCAUUCUCGGUAACAAACCCAGCUGGAUCCUAUGUUCCACAAGCACAGGGGCCGGGACAAGGUCAAGCUUUGAGGGGACUACCUCCUACUGUUCCUCCAAGUCAAUCGUCAACCCCUCCUAAUACCGACAUCAAGGUGCCAAAUAUACCGAAUCAGAUGGGUCCUAUGUUUGUGCAACCUUCAGUGAGGCAGACUCCGAAUCAGUACUAUUCUCCUAGAGGUACUGCCGGACCUCCAAACCAACCACCUAGAAUGCCGAACCAGCAACAUAGGCCUCAAACUCAGACGCCUGUAUACCAGCCUCAGUAUAUCAUACCCUCUCAAAUGUUUUUGCCUAAUGUGGCGUAUUACAAUACUCAAGCUCAGCGCCCGGCGAAUAUGAUUAAUGCUCCAUAUGUAUUUGGUAGUCAGCAAUUGACUUACCAGUAUACCACACCACAACCUCCUUCAGUAUCAACUUAUCCAUUAUUUUAUACUCAACAACAAAUGAUUCCUCGAAAUCCGAUGCCACAAGCCACAUCGGCACCCCCAAAUCCUCCGCAGGGUCCCAUACAACAGCCUGCUGCAUUGCAGGCCCCUCCGCCACCAGCAAGCUUUUCAAGGAGUAAUCAGCGAAUUAAGAGGCCUCAUGCCUUGGCCAUUAUUGAUCCCACCACUGGUGAAGAUAAAAUGAAUGAAAUCUUUGACGAUAAUUCCCAUCCGCCCUCGGGCGAGUCUUCAGCUCGACAAACACCACAACCCAGUAGGCCCAAGAAGGAGGUGCAAGCCGAGUUUGCAAAACAAGUGGCACAAGCAAUAUCCGCAGAUCAACAUCAAAUGGCGCCUGAUGAGCCAAUUCUUCAGGACCCAUCGUACUUGGAGCAGUACCCACCUCCCCCACAACCAACUCAGGUGCUACAGAACCAGAAAUAUGACACAAAUUCUAGUAAUUUACAUAUAAAUGCUAAAGAAUUUGUUAGCAAUUCGAAUAAAACUGCCAAAGAAAUAACACCCAUAGUAUCAGCUAAUAGUCUUUCAGCGGAAGUUGUACUACAUAAAAAGGACAAAGAGAGUCCUGUAAAAAGCAGAAAACGGGAUUAUAAGACAGACAUUCCAAAAGAGCCACAACAUAAAGAAUCUAAUACUUGUGAGCCAAUAAAUAACCUAGUCAAAGAAGAAAAUGUAGGUGACAUUCAUAAUGCUUCGUGUGCAUCUCUAAAUAGCGUAACCGCAGUUACCCAACCAUUUAAGGAUGAUCCUGCGGAAUGUGACAAGAAGUAUUCGAAAAAGGGGCAGCCUGAAAAAGUUAAUGAGGGAGACACUACUUCGGUGCAAUCUCCUCAGGAAGUUGUAAAUAAUGGUAAAUACAAGAAGAAUGAACAAAGGCAUUCAAAGCAAAAUUCAAGCCAACCUUCUGCCAACCAUCAGCAGCAGCAGCAAGCAAAACAACCGCCAUCGGUUCAAGUGCCGCCGCCUCAGCCACCUAAAGCCAAUAACAAAUCGAACAAGAAGUCAGAACUGAAUUUGAAGGGGGCUAACAAGGAGGGUACGGAUAUGGACGCAUUCAACGACAAUGGUUCCAAAAACGAGGUGAACGCAAAUGUAGUGAUUUCUAGUCAAAGUGACAUCGUUAACGCCAACACGAUAACGUCCCAAACGCAGAUACCUCCGGAGCCAUCGCCCGUGGCCGAAAAUGAAGAUACUAAAGUUAGCUCUUCAAGUGAUCGUAAAGGCGCGGAAGAGAACGAUAAUGUGAUAAAACCUGAGCCAGUGGUCGUGAACAAUAUGCCGCCCCCUCCAGAAGUGGGGGCGGUGGUACCAGCACCGGCGUUACCAAAACAAGCGAAACCGCAAUUUGAUGUGACAAGCAUCAUAAAAGAAACUCCGAAAACGAUAAUGCAAAUAAACAAUACUCAGGAUGAGACUGACCGGGGCUACUUUUCCAAUGAUAAGAUUGUUCUUGCGAAAAACGACGCCAACAUCAACAAAAACAACUACAAUGAUGUCAAACCGCAACUACCUUAUCGUGAAGGGCAGUGGAGUCCUGCAUGUCGUGACGGCAAAAAGGUGUAUGAAAGAGAUUUUCUUUUAGCCCUGCAGAAUUUCCCAGCCAGUAAAAUAAAACCUGGUAAUAUACCAGAUGUCGUACUCGCGGAUGAGAGAAGUAGACCUAUCGAUGGGAGAAUGUCUAUGGGGGGCAGAACAGAUUUUACGACACCACCCUUUCAAAAUUAUGGAUCGAAAUCUGGGUCUCAGAGAGGGGUAUUACCAAAACAGAGAAAUAGUCAAUCUAAGAUGGGUAGUCGUAGUGGUAAUGAUAAAUCGGCAAAACCCACACCAAAAGUUUCAAUAUCGCUUAAAGGCGAUGUGAAAUUGCAUGAAACUGAAAAUGCUUGGAAACCAACCCGGUUUGCUAAGAGUGAAGAAAUUUCGGAAGAUGAGAAGAAAACCGAGAAGCUAUAUAAAAAGGUACGUUCAGUUUUGAACAAACUAACGCCACAGAAAUUCGAUACCCUAGUAGCUCAAGUUAGAGCGUUAGAGAUCGACACAAAGGAAAAACUGAACCGCGUUAUCGAUCUUGUUUUUGAUAAAGCUAUUGACGAGCCUAAUUUUUCGGUCGCCUAUGCGAGAAUGUGCAAUGAACUCCAGAUUAUGUCGGUUUCGGGCAGUGAAGAUAAGAAAGGGACUUUCAAGACUUUGCUUAUUACCAGAUGCCAAAAAGAAUUUGAAAAACAAUCAAUAGAUGAAACAGAGAGGGCUAACCGAGUUAAAAUUAUUGAUGAAUGUACAGACCCAGAGAAGAAAAAGGAAUUGACCUUUGACUUGGAAGAAUAUGACAGGAGGUUAAGAAUGAAAUCUGUUGGCACUAUUAGAUUCAUAGGCGAAUUGUUUAAACAACAAAUGUUAACUACAAACAUCAUGAAACGUUGCCUCCAAACUCUGCUAGACAACAAUGAUGAAGAGAGUUUGGAAUGUCUCUGCAAACUUCUUACCACCAUUGGUAAAGAGCUUGAAAGCAAGAAAGUGGAUAUGAAAAGUAUAUUCGAUGAAAUGAAGAAAAUAGUCGAUAACCGACAGCAGAAAGUCAGCAGCAGGAUCCGAUUCAUGUUGCAGGAUGUGAUUGAGCUUAGGGAUUCCAAUUGGGUAUCCCGAAGGGGCGACAGUAAUCCGAAGACAAUCGACCAAAUACAAAAAGAAGCUGAAAAUGAGCAAUUUAAUAUUCAAGUGAUGAAUGCAAAUAUACCCAGGAAGGAUGAUAGAAGUUCAAGCGGUGGUGGACCCAGACAAACGGCGUCCCGGAAAAACCCUUCAGAAGAUGGGUGGAAUUCUGUUUCAUCCCGAAACAAUCGCCAGUCUUACACAAUUCAGAUGGAGAAACUCAAGAACAAAAUACCUCAAUCUGAUGAACCCCUUGGCUCAAGUCAGUCGUUUGCAACCUGGAGCAAAGGUGCUAUGGGUUCUAAAAAUCAAUCUCAAGCGACAUUGCCAACCAACUUGAAUCUGUAUACUGCGUUAGAGAAUAUUGAUCCUGAGAGGCGGCCCAUUAAUCAAAGGAGCAAUAAAGAUCCUUAUACUUCGAAAGGUCCAAGUUUGGAAAGGAACUCUUACAAGACGUCAUAUGAUGGCCGAGGCUCCAGAUCGGGUUCCCAACAUCGAACUGAAAAUACGGCUGCAUUGAGGCCCAGCCAUACACCUCCUACUCUGGCGCCUUCAAAACCUUCCACACCCGCUCCAAUUCCGGCUGCAGAUUGGGACCAGAUACUGCGAAGGAUACAUGAUUCGCUUAACGAGUAUCUGAACAGUUAUUGUACAGCUGAUGAAUACUUCCAAGAGAUAGCUACCAUUCCCUCAUCAAAAUAUAGUAAUGUAGUUUUUGAAAGUUACAAUCAUAUCACUGAAAAAUCACAAAAAGAUAGGUUAAAGACCGGCGAAUUAUUUGCUACAUUAAUAACUUCUGGUAAAUUAUCACUGGAUGAUUUUUGUUCUGGUCUGGAAGAAUUUUUGGCAUUAGGUGAAGAUUUAGAAAUUGAUAUUCCAAAAAUUUGGACAUACAAUGCUGAAAAUAUAGUUCAUUUGGUCUACCAGCAAGUUCUUCCAUUCACAAGAAUGCAUACCGUAUUAAAAGUCGUCAUAGAUAAUAACAAAGCCGCAAACAUUUUGAAGCCGCUUUUUGAUUUAGUGAUAUGCGAAAAAGGUCCAAACUUCUUACAGCAUAUAUGGCAGAAGUCAAACCUGCAGUUGUCUGAUUUUAUUCCAAGUUCAGAAGUGCCCUUGUUUGUUAAAAACAAUAAUUUGGAAUUCCUAGUGGGAGGCGAUUCACCCGUGGGACAUUGCGAAUUAACCUAUGAACAAAUUCGUAGCAAAUUGUCGGAGUUCCUUCAGAAUGGAACGUGCUUCGACGAUAUCGUGAAUUGGAUAUCUGCGAACGUAGGUGAACGAGUCAAAGAGAACAAGUUCAUACGGGUGUUGGCCACCGCCAUUUUUGAGAAUUCAAUACAAAAAAAUAAGCUGGUCGCGGAUGUACUCCAGAGGCAUACCAAACUUAUUCAUAAAUAUGUAGAUAAUAAUUCAAAUUUGGAGCUCCAAUGUCUUUAUGCUCUUCAGGAAUUGGUUAGAAAACUGGAGUAUCCUCAAGGAUUGCUUCUAUCAAUAUGUGAUAAACUCUAUGAAGAGAGCACUUUCUGCCAAGAAAGUUUUAUACUGUGGGAAGGUAGUGAUGAUCCUGCUGAACAGGGAGGCAAAGGUGUAUGCUUAAAACAAUUGACUUCCUUCUUCACUUCACUCAAAGAAAAUGAAGAAGAAGGGGAGUAUUCUUCGAAUUCUGAGGAUCCAUAGCAGUUGCUAAUGAAAGCUGUGGUGUAGACAAGGACAAAAACAAUUUUGAAACAUAUAAAGUGAUAGUGACUAUAGGUAAAAUUUAUACAAUUGUUUAUAUUAUAUAUAUUAUACAUAAAUAAAAAAAAAACUAAAAAUAUUGUGAAAACAGUAACAAGAAGUGAAUAGUGCAGUGAAACUGGCAAAGUGAGUACACAAACAGUAAAAAAUUGGAGAAGUGUUGUUGAUUAAUUGAAACUGGAUCAAUGAAUGGGCUCAGUGGUGUUUUGAUCAGUUUUAUAUUACUUCCUUUAUUAUUUAUAUAAUAUAUAUUUUAUAUUAAUUAUCUUCGUUUUUUUAUUGUUUAUAGCGACUUUUUAAUUAUAAAUAAAAUUGUGCCGGCUGCUGAGUCCCGAAUAGAAUUGUGAAAACGCGUCUUGUUAUAUUUUGUUAUUUGAUUUCAUACAAUAAGUUAUACCUUUAGACGUCAUAACAUUGUUCUGUAUAAUAAAAUAUACAGCUUUGCAGUUCAGUUUUAGAUUUUAUUUGAAUUUGUAUUAAAAAAUCUGAAACUGCAAUUAUUAAACUGUGGCUAGUCAGAAGUUACUUUCUUUAAAAUAUUGUAUAUAUUUUCCAAAGCAUAUACAGUAUUUUUCUGACUGAUGUAAAUAUAGAAUAAAUUUUUUAAAGGUAAAUUAAUUGGUUCUAGAUUACACUACGAAUUGAAUCUUAUGUUGUAUAUUAUGAAUAUAUUUAUAUCGAGAUCUUCUUGUUUUAUGGAAGUACUUUUCAUUGCCUAUGAAGAUCAGCUAACUUUGGGCCGGUUGAUUUUCCUAUAUACAUAUGAUUAUGAAAGUUGAUUUAAAGAGGUUGAUUAUUUUCUUUUACCAAAUACAUGUAUCGAACGAAAGUCUACCAAUUGUUAAAACAUUUAUACGAAAUCAUUCUGAGACAACUGACAAAAAAAGAAAAAU